AUGGGUUUCCUUGUGAUUAUGAAUAACUUCAAUAUGGAGCGGUUUUUUCUUGCUGCCAGUAGUUAUGGUUUUGCAUUAGCCUGUUAUGAAGAAGCAUUGGAAUGGGCACAAGAACGAAAAACCUUUGGUAAACGUUUAGUUGAUCAUCAAGUGGUUCGGCAUAAAUUAGUCGAUAUGGCGACUCGCUUAACCACAACACUUGCUUUGUUGGAGGAUACUGCUUAUCGCUUAGGGAAGCCUGAAAUGCAGGGCAAUGAGUUGAUUGCGCAAAUCUGUAUGCUUAAAAAUGUGGCCACUCAAACUAUGCAGUUUUGUGCCGAUGCAGCUGUACAAACUUUAGGGGGCAUGGGCUUUAUGCGAGGCACCAAGUCUGAACGGAUUUACCGUGAUGUUAAAGUCAAUAUGAUUGGUGGUGGGGCGGAAGAAAUUAUGAAAGACCUCGCGAGUCGUCAAUUGGGCUAUUAG